CAAUAACCUACAAAAUAUCAAGAGCCAAUAAGAAUUCACAUAUUGAUUGUCUAAGAUAAGGACAUCUUCUUCUACAACCCAUAUAUAUAAACCAAGCCCAUUAAGCCCAAUCACAGACAACACAAAUUCCCACCUUCACUUGCUCUUUAACGCUUGUUUUCAGCCACCCAAAAUCAUGGCAGCCUCAACAAUGGCUCUCUCCUCUCCUUCCUUCGUCGGAAAGGCAGUCCAGCUCGGCCCCUCUUUGCCAGAGCUCUUCGGCAAUGGCCGUGUUUCCAUGAGGAAAACCACCACCAAAAAGCCUGGCUCAUCAGGAAGCCCAUGGUACGGCCCAGACAGAGUGAAGUACUUGGGCCCAUUCUCUGGUGAGGCCCCAUCUUACUUGACUGGAGAGUUCCCUGGUGACUACGGCUGGGACACAGCUGGACUUUCUGCUGACCCAGAAACCUUCGCCAAGAACCGUGAACUCGAAGUGAUCCACUCCAGAUGGGCCAUGCUUGGGGCCCUUGGGUGUGUCUUCCCAGAGCUCUUGGCCCGUAAUGGUGUCAAGUUUGGUGAGGCCGUGUGGUUCAAGGCUGGAUCACAGAUCUUCAGCGAGGGUGGGCUUGACUACUUGGGCAACCCAAGCUUGAUCCACGCACAAAGCAUUCUUGCUAUUUGGGCCUCUCAGGUGGUCUUGAUGGGUGCUGUUGAGGGCUACAGAAUUGCUGGCGGGCCUCUCGGUGAGGUGACUGACCCAAUUUAUCCAGGUGGGAGCUUUGACCCAUUAGGCCUUGCUGAUGACCCAGAGGCUUUUGCUGAACUCAAGGUGAAGGAGCUCAAGAAUGGUAGGUUGGCCAUGUUUUCCAUGUUUGGAUUCUUUGUUCAGGCCAUUGUGACUGGUAAGGGCCCAUUAGAGAACUUGGCGGACCACCUCGCUGAUCCCGUUAACAACAAUGCUUGGGCUUAUGCCACAAACUUUGUACCUGGAAAGUGAGAGUAGGCUUUUCGGUGAGUGAAAGUGAGAGAGAGAGAAUUGUCUGUGUAUUGUUGUAUUUCUGACUGGUGAUGUAAAGUUGUCCACCAGUAAUGCAGAGUUUAAUUGUAAUCUCUUGAAUUGAAACUGCAUUUUUUUUCUUCCAA